GCUUAAUAUAAGUAGAUGCUGCAGAAUGUUAUUUGUUCGUUACGCCUACCUUCGAUAUCCACCAUGGCCGUCGAAGAUGUACUUCCGUACGCGGAGGGUGUUGGUUGUACCGCCCAGAUAACAUUCAGCAUCCUGUUCUGUAUAUGGUCAUUCUCUAGACCGAGCAGAAAACACCGUUCAUCGAGUCCGAUAAUAUCCUCUGCCUCCUUCGUAUUUUCAUUCAGCUUACUUGUUUGCUGGUUGAAGACUGCGGAUCCAAAAUUCUUUGUCGUUUUAAUAUCUUUAGCUAUUGGAGCUUCUGCAGCUUUCCAGAUUACCUUGAAGUGGAGUAUCACCAAGUCCUAUAAAUAUGUUCCUUUCAAUGAUCUGCCUCUGUUUAAGUGGAUUUUCAAUCUGCCUCUGCUUAAGUGGAUUUUCAAUCUGCCUCUGUUUAAGUGGAUUUUCAAUCUGCUUUGCAAGGGUACAUGGCGACAAUUCGAGCUCGCAAUACUGAUAGCGCUAUGUGUAUCAGCUAUGGCGCUUAGUUUUGGCGUAUUUUCCCACCGUGUUUCUACCAAUUUGAUCCUGAAAGUCCAACUGGUUGAAUACUGUGUAAUUUAUACAUGGUUGACUUGUGAGCACGUGCUUGACUAUUUCAAAGUUUCCCUCGAUCCCCUUCGUCGCCGUAAGGUGUUCUUCCUUGCGAAUGGCAUAAUUUCGACUGUGGCAGUUAUUGUCACUAUUAUUUUGCUGUGCCUCGGUUGGAAGAGAUGGAUUGAAUCGCUCCUCCUCCACUGGAUCUUCCUUACCCUAUCGACUUUCUGUACUCUUCCGGGAUUCGGUGUUACGAGAGCUUUCAAAAUUAGCGAGCAAUCGAGCAAGAAAGAUAGUUCGGAGCCGCUGGCCCGCUUCAGUACAAGAUCCUCCGCACCCGACGCGUUGAAAGUUUCGCAGGAAGAACUUGAGGGGCCAUCCAUCUCGAAGGAAACGAAUGUCGCGGAAGAGCAAGGAAAUGAAUCCUGAACAUCGCAUAGUGGAAAUUCGGAGCUGAAGGGGAGGUAUUGAGGGAAAGUCGGCAAUUAGGGGAUUUGUGGCCUAUAGAGCUGGAAGGUGUUGGCUUGUGCUUUAUAGAACUAUUUGGAUUCUCCUCGGCGGGGUUGUCCAGAUUAUCUCGGCAGUAUUUCAGUUACUUUGAAU